AUGAGCGACGGCGAAAGUGCCUCCGCGCGAUCGAUUAAUUUCGAGGACAUCACAGUGGUCUCCGCCGUGGGGCGCGGCGCCAAGGGUGUGGUGUUUCUGGCGCGCGCCGAUGAUCGGUGGGCGAGCGAGUGCGUGGCGCUGAAAGUGAUGUCGAAGGCGCUGAUUGCGCAGAAGAAGGCGAGAAAGGAGGCGGAGGAGUACGGGAGGGUGUCGUUUGAAGAGGAAGUGCUGCGUCGUUUCGAUCACCCGCUCUUACCAAGGCUGAGAGGCGUUUUGGAAACGGAGAAAGUGGUUGCGUUCGCCAUUGAUUACUGCCACGGUGGCACGCUCCAUUCUCUCAGGAAGAAACAGACUGAGAAAACGUUCUCCGAUGACACCAUCAGGUUUUACGCUGUGGAAUUGGUCCUGGCAUUGGAAUAUUUACACGAACUGGGAAUAGUAUACAGAGAUUUGAAGCCAGAGAACGUUAUGAUUCAAGAAAACGGCCACAUAAUGCUGGUCGAUUUUGAUCUCUCCAAAAAGCUAAAUUCUAAAUCUCCUCACUCACUGAGUCGAAACUCGUCCCCGAGUCUUAACUCAGAGAAACGUUUAAGAAAAAAACGGCUAACUCGUUUAUACAGUUUUUGUAACUCGGGCAUCUCGCCGUUAGACUCCGACUCGGAGCCCCCACUCCGCAGGUCCGACUCAGUGCGUCCCACCGAGUCUGACUCGGUUGAGAAAUCAAAUUCGUUCGUUGGAACAGAAGAGUACGUGGCACCAGAAAUCUUGUCAGGAAAAGGUCACGGGUUUAGCGUAGAUUGGUGGUCAUACGGGGUCGUUUUAUACGAGAUGCUGUACGGCACGACGCCGUUUAAGGGCUCAAAUAGAAAGGAAACGUUUUACCGAAUUUUAACAGUUGAGCCAGAGUUAACGGGAGAGAAGACGGCGUUACGGGAUUUAAUUGCAAGAUUAUUGGAAAAGGAUCCCGAGCGUCGGAUCCAGGUGGAGGAGAUCAAGGGCCACGAGUUCUUCAAAGGGGUGAAGUGGGAGAAAGUGUUGCACAUUGCAAGACCACCUUAUAUUCCUGAAAAUGAGGUCGAAAACAAAGUGGGGUUCAGCAAAAACGACGUGGAAGUGUUUGUGAACGAAGUGUUUUUCUCCACGAAUGAUGAUGACGGUAGCGUAGAGAAAACAAAAACGGUGUUGGAAACGAAGGGUAAUAAUUGUGAGAACAACAACACGGCGUGGGUUGAUGAAUUGAAUCACAUUCCCACUCAGAAGAACCACGAUUUUUUGAUUUUUUGA